AUGUUGAAUUUGAACCAUGCGCAAUAUAACGCCCACGUUGCGAUCCAUAUGCAGCUGAUUCUCAUCUUACAACUCUUGUAUUCUGCGCAUCCUAAUAUGAUGCGGUGGAAAAGUAUGAGGAACUGGCUCGAACACCUUCAUGAGGCGCCGACUCCGCCCUUGUUCGUUCAAGGUUCCUUUGCAGACCUCGAUUUGACCCUCAUUCCACAUGGUUUAGCUGGCUUGAGAGUGGUGAGGAGCUGGAUUCGUGAAUCUUUCUACCGUUUGAACCCAUUCACGAGCCCUCAAUUUCUGACGACCUUGAUGAGAAUCACCAGUUUGGGUUUCACUUUUGACAGAGAUGGUGCUCUCGCCUACAUCACUCAGGCAAAGUGUCUCACCCAAAAUAAAUCUGUCGAGCUUCUCCGCAAAACAGAUAAUCGCUACCUGGUGAUGGACAUGCUCAAUUCUUACCGAGGAGGUACUCCGAACAGUAUAUCAUCGGGAAUUCUGUUUCUACAGUAUGUCCUCAAUAACCGUUUACGCGUCAACCUAUCUGUUUUAUGUGACUGCAUUGAGGAUAUCCUUUCCUCUUUCAUUAUCAAUCACAGAAUGGAUCCCACCCUCGACGAACUUCCACUGCACGGUGUUGUUCUUCCAUCUAACUGGUUGAUCUCCCCCUACAAGUUUUCUGUGAAAAAGGACGUCGAACCGCAGUUAAUAGGCUCACUUUUGGAUGCAAUAGGGAAUCUUAUAAAGAAGUUGCGUGUGGUUGGUGCCACGGAUUUUAUGUGGCUUGCACAUGUUACCAAUGUUACACCGUUGCUUCGCAAUAUUUUCAUCUUCCGGCUUUGCAGGGCUCUUUGCCUUGUCGCUCACAACACACGAUACCCCAUGGUCAAGCGCAAAGUCAAUUCGAUCGUGCUUCAUCUGCACAGAACCAAAAGACCUCAGUACCCUGCAUACUAUGGAAAACUCGUGGACGACGUUGUUGAGUAUAUGGCGCUUUUGUGCGACAGAAGAAUGCCUCGCUUGGAUGGCUACCUGUGA